UAGCAAAAUGUUCAACAGUUAUCAAAAACCCUUGAAGAGUAAAUACGUUAUAGAAAGCACGUGACUGUACUUUCUCAACUCAAUUCAAUCAAAUUACAAUCAAAUAUAAAUUUCAUAUAUUUUACUAUUAACUAUCGUUCAUCACAAAACAUUUUACGCUAUUAAUUUUAAACAUAAAUUAAAAAAAAAAAUUUUUCUUUAAAAUAAAAUUAAUAGCUGUCAAAACAUAAGCACGUGUGUGGUUAUCAAAUCGUCAUAAUAUUAUCAUAUGUCGCUACUGUAUUAAGUAUGUAAUGGUUGACACAUUUACAUAUUUAUAAAUAUAUACAUAGAUAAAACAAAAUUAUAAAUAUAUCAAUACAAGUGCCCGGUACAAGUAAAUGCGGCGUACAUACGAAAAAGAGAAUAAAAAUAUAGACUUUCAUUAGUAAAACAAGGAUAGAUUUUCUACGCAGACUUGAUAGAACGUGGAAGACCAUUCUGCACUAUACUUACCAACCGGCAACCAAGCAACAGUGGACAUUUCUUAUAAAUUUUAUAAACGUUAUUAUUUGUGUUUAAUUAUUUAAAAACAUUUAAUUUGUGAUUAUUUUGACAAUAAUAAUGGAUAACAAUAGCAAAUCAAAAAUGGUUACGCGGAGGCAGAUAAUGCAACCAUGGCCUCUAUGUCUGGUUUCAUCAAACAAUGGGCAACCAGCUCAUCAAAAAUAUCUCCCCUGGGUUUCAUCCCUGGGAAAUUCGGCUUCAUCGUCUAUACACGAGGAUUGUUCAUCAAACUCAACAUUAUUAACAAACGCCAGUCCUUUCAACAGCCAACAAGCCCUUAUUACCAACAAGAAAAAAUACAAUAUUACAAUAACUAGGAAUAAAAAUUACGAUCUUGAACAAUCAGAGGCACAUUAUUAUACUGAAAAUCUAAGACACGGAAGUGAAUUACAGUCAAAAAUAAAUAGUCCCAACAAUAAAGACAUUACUCUUGUUGAUUACAAAUUUUUGGAGCCCUUAAUCAUGGACAACGAGGUUGUCAUUGAGGAACAGGAUAUUUUAGUGGACAAUAAAAGAAAUGGAGAAGACAUUGCUCUCCAAAGAUCACCUUCAUCACCUUGUAAUGCCAAAAAACCAAAACCUCAAGAUAUAUUCCAAUAUUCAUCCCAGGUCUUUGCAGCAUUUGCAGUGUCAAUCGCAUCAUUGCUUAUAGGAUUUUCAAGCUCUUAUACAUCACCAGCUUUACCUUCUAUGAAAGAAACAAAGCCAUUCGAGCUUGAUGAUGUUAUGGAAUCAUGGAUUGGAUCGGUAAUGCCUCUGAGCGCAUUGCUUGGUGGAGUAUUUGGUGGUCCACUGAUUGAAUACAUCGGUAGAAGAAAUACCAUUUUAGCAACAUCAAUUCCAUUUAUGGCAGCCUGGAUAUUCAUAGCAACAGCAACAAAUGUCUGGUUAGUGCUAGUAGGUCGUGCACUGAGUGGUUUCAGCGUAGGUGUAAUAUCUCUCGUAUUGCCUGUUUACCUUGGUGAGACCCUCCAGCCAGAAGUGCGUGGUGUCUUGGGUUUACUGCCAACAGCAUGCGGUAAUAUUGGAAUACUUAUAUGUUUCGUUUCUGGAAUGUACUUGAACUGGUCAAUGCUGGCAUUUAUGGGAGCUUGUAUACCAGUAAUAUACUUCCUGCUAGGAUUAUUGAUACCCGAAACACCAAGAUGGUAUGUGUCGAAAGGUAAAACAAAGCGUGCACGUAAAUCACUUGAAUGGCUGCGUGGAAAAUCUGUUGAUGUCAGUGAAGAGCUCGCCGCUGUUGAAAAAACUCAUCUUGAUAGUGAAAAAAAUUCAUCAUCAAGUUCAAUGGCUGAACUAUUUAAACCAAAUCACAUUAAACCACUUAUGAUUUCCGUUGGGUUGAUGUUUUUCCAACAGUUUUCUGGUAUUAAUACUGUUAUAUUUUACAGUAAUAAAAUAUUUAGCGAGUCUGGUAGCUCUAUUGAUACAAACAUAAGUUCAAUUAUCAUUGGUAUUGUCAAUUUUAGUGCAACAUUCAUGGCAACUGCUGUUAUUGAUCGUUUAGGACGUAAAAUUCUUCUUUACAUUAGUAGUGUUGUUAUGAUUAUAACAUUAAUGACACUUGGUACAUUUUUAUACAUGAAAGAUAACAACUAUGAUGUUGCUAAUUUUGGUUGGUUGCCGUUGGCGUGUAUUGUAAUUUACGUUAUUGCAUUUUCAUUAGGAUUUGGACCGAUACCCUGGUUAAUGAUGGGUGAAAUAUUACCAGCUAAAAUACGUGGUGGUGCAGCAAGUGUUGCCACGAGUUUUAAUUGGUUUUGUGCAUUCCUUGUAACGAAAACCUUCCAAAAUAUAAUAUCAUUGAUGAAAAUAACCGGUGCAUUUUGGAUGUACGGUACUAUUUGUAUAGUUGGUUUAUUAUUUGUUAUACUAUUUGUACCGGAAACUCGCGGGCGUUCGUUGGAAGACAUUGAAAAAAAAUUAACGGGACCAGUUAGAAGAAUGAGUGCUGUUGCAAAUUUGAGGCCUAUGCCAACAGCAUGUUAGAACUUUUUUUUAUUAUUUUAUAUCUUUAUCAAUGCAUUUAUUUGAAUUUUUAUUUAAAUGUUAAAAAAAAAUACGAAAAAUAUAAAUAAUGAGAUACAGAGUUA